AUGAUUGGUCGACAAGUGGAGUAUGACCCCACGCGAGUAGCAGGCAUAUUCACGUCCGGUGAUACCUUCUGCAACCUCUAUGGUUAUCUACUUAGCAUCCGCAAGGCUUUCCGCGACAGUGUGCAUCGGGGCAUACCAUCAGAACAAGACUACCGUUUUAUCCACUCGAUAUCCGGCCAUUACUCUAAUGUGACAGCACUCAGCACACUGGGAACGGACAUCCAGGGAAAGUCCAUCUCGAUUAAAGCACUUAAAGAUAACACUGUCGACUGGGACAACUUGGAGCGACAACUUGAUGACUGUUUCCGGCUGAAUAUCAAAGUACCGUGCAUUCUCUUGACAAUUGGUACUACGGACACCUUCGGUGUAGAUGACCCAAAGAAAGCUUACAACAUUCGCGAUAAGAUGAUCCGGAAGUAUGGUCUCAAGGAUGAUUGGAUUCCACACUUACACUGCGAUGCGGCUGUUGGAUGGCCAAUGAUGUUUUUCAAUAAUUACAAUUUAGAAGAAAACCCGAUUGGGUUGAAUAUUAAGACCCUCGAGGUAAUUGCUCAGCACAGGCUGCACACCGUGUUCUACAAUGUCAUCACAGUGGGGGACCAUAGCGGCGGCCCGUCUGUGUGCUGGAGGAUGUACAAAGGAAUCAACAAUCACGACGAAACCGAGACAGCUUUCGAACACGAUCUCAAUAUGAAAUUCUCGGACUCUAUCGAUGCCUUGGAUGAACACACUGUUUUCCACCGUCAGAUUCACGAUGAGAUCCAGGCGAUGCAUACUAAAAGCAGAGAAGCAGGUCUGAGUUUGGAUUGGAUUGGGUAUAUGCUUACCACUACUUACGACGACAGGGGCCGUACGAUCUAUACCCCGGGUCAGAAGGCGGUUUUCUUUAAAUGUUCAUACCACGUACGAGAACAUUGA